CGGACUACGGUUUAGUCGUACUCUUCGAUCUCAUCGUGGCAAACUCAGACCGUGUGCGCGUUAGUUUGAGCCUCGUCGCUUCUCCGUCAGGACAUCCACUCGCAUUCGUCCAACAUGUUUCGAAAAAUAUGUUUGUUCCUUUUUGGAAUGACAGUUGUGGCGGCACAGAGGAGAUUAGCAUUACCCGAUCCUCGUAGCUGCUCUAGCAGAAUCCGACACGCUACUUACCGCGAUGCCCGUGGAGUCACACAUUCAUACUUCUUCAGCUGGGAGCACACGCCAACCAAGAGCUUGGAAGUGGACUGGUUAGACGCCAGAAACAUUUGCCGCAGACAUUGCAUGGAUGCUGUUAGUUUGGAAACUCCCCAGGAAAACGAAUUCGUCAAACAAAGAUUAUCAAGAGGAAACGUAAAGUACAUUUGGACGUCCGGUAGAAAAUGUAACUUCAACGGUUGCGACAGACCCGACUUGGUGCCUGCUAACGUUAACGGUUGGUUCUGGUCAGGAUCCGGUGCCAAAAUCGGACCGACUACUCAACGCAACUCAGGCGAUUGGAGCAGUACCGGCGGUUUCGGACAAGCACAGCCCGACAACAGAGAAGCACCUCAAGGUAAUGACGAGUCUUGUCUGGCAGUAUUGAACAACUUCUACCAGGACGGAGUAAAAUGGCACGACGUCGCUUGUCAUCAUCUGAAACCGUUCGUUUGCGAGGACAGCGAUGAGCUGUUGAACUUUGUCCGCUCCCGCAACCAAGGAAUUCGCCUUUAAGGAGUACACAUAUUUUUUAUUUUUGUUGUUUUUUUUUUUUACGAAAUUGUCCACGUUAUGUUUGUAUAACGCGUCCGUCUAUCUGGAGAGUUAUUCAGUUCCCGCCAAACGAAUAUAUACAUAUAUAUUUUAUAUAAUACAAUAUAAUAUAGUAUAAUAUUAUACAUAUUAUUAUUAUUAUGAAAUGAACGUACAAUUUUUGUAAAAUAUGAUAUUUAUAACCCGUAUUUAUUAUGUAUAAGUUUAGUUGACGAUAAACAUUUUUUUUAUAAAUAUAAAAAUCAACUGAUUUAUUUUAUCUUAUUAGGUACUGUAUACUAUUUGAGCCCAUCAAGAGUAAAACGGUGUAAGUUAUUAAUUUUUGUUUUCAAUUAUUUUGUAGCAAGUGUACUACAGAAAAAAAAAUACCUGUAUCAAUGUGUCUACUUUUGAUGGGCUCAUCUGUAUCGAUAAGAAUAGGCGGUAAUCGUAGUGAAUGUAUAUUUUUCGAGAGGGAAAUUAAGUUAUCUAUUAAUUUAGAAGAUAAAUGUUGCCCAAUUAAAGUCAUUGGACGUCCACGAGAUCCGUCAUAAGCAGUACUCGUUAAUUUAUGGUUCUCAUGACCUCCAUCAAUGAAGCGGUUUCUAGUAAAAAUAAUAAAUAAUACGCGCUUAUCGCGUCUGUGUGCCUUUUACCAUCAAAUUAUACCAAGACCCGUUAUAUAUGGUUGUAUUUGAAAGGUGGACUCGUUAAGUUUGCUGCGAAUUUAUUUUCACACAUACACACAAACACGCUGAGUCAUCGGAUCGUGGCAUGUAGUUUGGCUAACCUAACAGUAAUCUUGUUCAGCGCCAAGUACGGGGCACUUCCUAGACGUAUACGCCUUCGGGGCGAACUGCUAAAGUGGAGGCGUCACACAGACACACACACACAAAUUCAAACGUAUAUAAUAAUAUAACUUCAAGUGUACCAGUACAGCAGAGGGCAAGGCACCGGUUUGGCGAGUAGGCCCCAGUGCGGUGUUUUCUUAUGGCCGAAAAACCAGUCGCCGUUGCCGCCGGCCAGACGACCGCGAAUCCACAAGUCAAGAAAGUUUACACGCGAAGGCGAUGACCCAACAGGCAAUACCGUCAACCCACUCUCCAAACUGUUUUUACACUAUACUCAAUGUAGUCUACAUUACCGCCAAGAUCAAUGUCGGACGCACAAGGUCUCGAUGACGACGUGACACUCCCAUCUAACAUUCUUAAUACGCUACCACAAAACGUAAAACGUUCAUAACACCUUUGGUGUAAGGGGGAAAAACAAAACAAUAUUUUUUUAACAAAACGUAGAAAGAUUGACAAAAACAUAAAGCCCUUUUCAAAGGAGACAAGUAAAAUAAGUAAAGACUACGUUUUCAUUAAUAUAACUAUUGACAAUCGCAACGCAUUAGGUCAGAGGGUCUAUUAGAAACACCAAUACUCGAUCUUAUUUGGCCUUCCGCUUGAAAUAUUGACCUUGCGAGUUUAAAGCAGCGUUACUUGUACUACAGUUAAUAUUUAAGUGUAUGAUGAAUUAAAUAUAGAUAAGGUAAGAGAAAGUCGAUUGUUCAACUCCGUAGUGAGGCCAGCGAUGAUUAAUAUUAAAUAAGAAUUAUAAAAAAAAAA